GAUGACCCAAACAGAUAAAAUGGAUCGCUCCAUUAAAGUUGCUCUUAAAAUCCAUAAUUGUUAACGUAGGCUUUCAAGUCCAGCCCAGUAGACAUUGACAUGCAGCAGCAGCAUCAGAAAUUCAGAAGAGCAGUGUCAGCCGUUGCGUGCGCGCGCGCGAAUUCGAUAUCGGCGAAUGCCAGGCGAAGCCGUCGCUUUGACGGCCCCGGCGUACGGCGCUCUGAUCCACCGCCUCGCCUCCACCGGCCGCGUCGAUGCCGUCCACGCCGCCCUCGCCUCCGCGCGCUCGGCCCUCGCCCCGCCUCCCUCCACCCGCUCUACGUUGCCUCCAUACGCGCCUUCGCCCGGGCCGGCCGCCUCCAGGCCGCCGUCGACGCCUUCGAGCGCAUGGACCUCUUCGCCUGCCCGCCCCAAGCCACCGCCUAUAACGCCAUCAUGGACGCCCUCGUCCACGCCCACCACCACCACCACCAGGCUCACAAGGUCUACGUCAGGAUGCUCGCCACCGGGCUUGCCCCCGACCUUCACACCCACACCAUCCGCCUCCGCUCCUUCUGCCUCACCGCCCGCCCGCAUGUUGCCCUCAGACUCCUGCGCACUCUGCCAGACCGUGGAUGCCAUGCCAGACCCGUCGCAUACUGCACCGUCGUGUCUGGACUCUAUGCGCACGGCCACCCCCACGACGCACGUCGCCUGUUCGAUGAAAUGCUCCAGGGACCGGUGUUCCUUGAUACUGCCACUUUUAACAAGGUCCUGCAUGAUCUUUGCAAGAAAGGGGAUAUCUCUGAGGCUGCCGCGCUUCUCGCCAAGGUUCUCAAGCGGGGGAUGUCUGUGAACAGGUUCACCUACAAUAUUUGGAUCAGGGGGCUCUGCGAAUGUGGGAGGUUGGCCCAAGCCGUUGCACUUGUAAAAGAGAUGGACGACUACAUCACACCAGACGUUGUGACCUACAACACGCUCAUCCGUGGCCUUUGAAAGGGCUACAGAGCCCAGGAGGCUGCACACUACCUUCGUAGGAUGAUGAACCGGGGCUGCAUGCCAGAUGAUUUCACCUAUAACACCAUUAUUGAUGGGACUGCAAGAUGGGAAUGAUGCAAGAAGCUACUGAGCUCCUUAAGGAUGCUGUCUUUAAAGGUUUUGUACCGGACCGGGUCACAUAUUGCUCCUUGAUCAAUGGCCUAUGUGCCGAGGGUGAUAUCGAGAGGGCGCUGGAG